AUGGCCGCCAACAAGAACAACGAGCAGGUCGUCACCGAGACCUUCUCGGAACGCUCUCCCUUUGCUGAUGGUAUGACCUCGGGCGCUGUUAGCGCAGGCGCUGGUCUGUUCGUCAGUGCUUUUCAGAACAGUGUACAGACCCACAACAAAGGUGCCCUCGGUGUCUUUACCCGCACAGGCAGCACGAUCGCUCUUUUCACCGCCAUGGGAGGCAUUUUCUCUUACACUGACUCGACUGUCGCAAACUUCCGCCAGAAGGACGAUGCCAUCAAUGGCGCUGUUGGAGGCUGCGCUGCCGGUGUUGUGCUCGGUGCUGCUGCUCGCUCGGUACCAAUGAUGUUCGGUGGUUGCGCUUCCCUUGCUGCGCUGAUCGGCACCUUUGACGCUGCAGGCAAGUCGCUCCAAGGCGCAUACGCUCGCCCAACACCAACAGACUUUGCCCACGGCGACCAUGACACAUCUCAUGGCUCAGGCGAGAAGGGCUGGAGGGAAGCACGAGAGGCUCGUCGCCGAAGCUUCUUCAAGCAAAAGAAGAAAGACGUCGAGUCCGAUGCAUAG